AUGCCCUCGCCGACGGACGAGGAAAUCCCGUUCCCACCGCUGAGCAGCCAACGCCGUGCCCUCCUGUCGCCCAACGAUGCGUGCGUCUCGCCCCCGCGCCGGCCUUACGAGAGUAGCGGUGGCGGCGAUGGCGCAGCCGACUCUACGAUGCGUCUGAGGCGGCUCCAUGGCGAGCGCAGCAGCAGCCGUCGGCGGAAGCGCACGUGGAAGAAGCUCAUGUGGGUGAAGCAAUCAUAUCCCGAUAAUUACACCGACCAAGCGACCUUUCUCGAGAAUCUCCAGCGCAACCCGCGCCUCAAACCUUACGACUUUUGGCCGCUCGUCGCCGACUCGACCGUCAUCCUCCAGCACGUCUGCUCCGUCAUCAUCUUCAUCGUCAGCUUCGUCGCCAUCUUCCACUCGCGCGUGUCGCCCGUCUCCGUCGCCAGCUGGAGCUCCUUCGGCACCUUUCUCGGCUGGCUCCUCUGGGAGCGCUGGGUUUCCGAAGAGGAGGAUCUCGAGGAGGAGCAGCUGCUGCACAACCCGUCCGCGACUACAACAGUAGCCGCCCCCACCGCCGCCGCAGCGGCUGUGAUGAGAGUGCCGCCGGCGCCGGCGACACGGCGAAGGACGCGUGCAGGAAGUCUGCGCCGACCCGUGCUGCCGAUUCCGCCCCCAUCGACAGCCGGCUCGUCGGCGGCCAGCUCCACGACGAACCUUGAGCUUAGCGUGCCCAGCAGGAGCACUCGCCCCGCGGCAUCGUCGCCCGUAGAUCUCACGAGCAGCAGUGCUGGAAACAGCAAAGACCAGCUCGAAGCACCAAAGCGCCCGCCGCUGCCGCCGCGCAACUCGGUCUCGGUCUCCGAGAUGCGCGUCGAGUACCCCGCCUACCUACCCGACGAGGAGAGCCGCCUCGUGCUGCGCCUGAGCACCAUCAAGUCGGCCAUGCUCAUCUACUCGACGCUGCUCGGCCUCAGCCCGAUCCUCAAGUCGCUCACAAAGUCGACCUCGAGUGACAGCAUCUGGGCCAUGUCGUUUUGGCUGCUGGCCAUCAACAUCUUCUUCUUUGACUACUCGGGCGGCGUGGGCGCCAAGUUCCCCGCGUCCCUCUCCACCAACGCCGCGCUCAUGGCGUCGACGGUGCUCGCCAGCCGCCUGCCCGACACCACGCAGGUCUUUUCGCUCACCCUAUUCAGCAUCCAGGUGUUUGGCCUGUUUCCCGUGUUUCGAAGGCACGUGCGCCACCGCUCGUGGAAGUAUCACGUCCUGCUGAGCGUGCUGCUCGUGCUCGGCGCGGGUAUGGGCGUGGGCAUGGUGCUGGGCGAUGUCGAUGGCAACGGUGCCUGGCCGUGGAAGAGAGGCGUCAUCGGCAUGGUUGUGAGCUUGCUGAUUGCGGCGCUGGCGGCCGGCGGGUGCAGCUGGUGGCUGAUUGGCCUGCAAAAGUACAAGAAUGAGAUUCGAGGUCCGUGGGACCCGGCGAGACCCAUCAUUAUGAGCAGGCCUCGAUGGGACUGA